UUUCGCCGUUAACGUUUCCAACUUUACUUUUCAGUUGAGGGAGUUUCCGACAAGAACAGCGUGAAUCUCUAAUAUAUAUACAUAUAUAUGACACAUUACGCUUUUUUUCUCCCUCUAGAACUCCGUGUCUCCCACUUUCUCUCUCCUCGAGCUCUUGUUCCCAUCGCCAUACUCACUCAAAUGCUAGUUUUCUAGGACUGAGUUUUCAAGUGGGGGAGCUCUGAGCACUGGUCCUGUGCCGUGCUUCCUUGCCUGCAUUUCCUCCAUAAAUGGGCUGUUUCAACUCUAAGGCAACAAGUCAGUUUCCUGGGCAGGUGGAUCCAGUAAUUCUUGCAUCACAAACAGCCUUCACUGUCAGUGAGGUUGAAGCCCUGUUCGAGCUUUUUAAGAGCAUCAGCAGUUCUGUUGUUGAUGAUGGACUAAUAAGCAAGGAAGAAUUUCAAUUGGCGAUCUUCAAGAAUAGGAAAAAGGAGAAUAUCUUUGCUAAUCGGAUCUUUGAUCUAUUUGAUGUCAAGAGGAAGGGAGUCAUUGAUUUUGAUGACUUUGUUAAAUCUCUCAACGUCUUCCACCCAAAUGCACCACUAGAAGACAAGAUAGAUUUUUCAUUUAGGCUUUAUGAUUUGCACAAUACUGGCUUUAUAGAGCGCCAAGAGGUCAAGCAAAUGUUAAUUGCGCUUCUUUGUGAGUCUGAAAUGAAGUUGGCAGAUGAGGUGAUAGAAACAAUUCUUGACAAAACUUUCUUAGAUGCUGACCUGAACCAAGAUGGGAAAAUAGACCUGGUCGAGUGGCAGAAGUUUGUUUCUGAGAAUCCAUCACUGCUAAAAAUCAUGACCCUACCCUAUCUGAGUGAUAUAACAACUGCUUUCCCAAGUUUUGUAUUCAACUCUAACGUGGAUGAAGUUGCUGCUUGAAAGCACCAAGCUUUAGGUUAUGCAAUUAGUGAGAAAGUUUGGUGUAUUUAUAAGAGACAGAGAUGAAGUAAUAGAUGCCAUGCAUGAUGUAGUUAGCCUUUCUCAGUAAGUUGUAAAUCACAUUCUCAUUAAAAUUUUCCA